AUCCUGGAGUUGAAGAUCUCAAUGUUUUCAGAUUCUUGAACCGUGUUGAAUGCCUUUUGUUGUGUGUCCUCUGCCAUUUGGUUCCCAGGUCUUGUUGAUGAUCUUUGGUGAUCCUUUGCAUGGAUUCCAAAGCAACUUGUGAUUAAGAUGGCUGAGUAAAUCUAGGAACCUGAGGAUGAAGAUCUCAGUGAUUUCAGAUUCUCGUACUGUGUUAAUGCCUUCUGUUGUAUGUCUUCUGCCAUUUGGUUCCCAUGUAUGGUUGAUGAUCUGUAGUGAUCCUACGCACGAAGUUCAAAGCAAGUCGUAACCCGUGACUGCUUUGAGAUCUGUGCGUGAUCGCCGACAUUUAUCAACGGCGUAGAUUGCUCGAUCGAUUCUAUUUAUACUCAUCUGUUUGACCCCUUCUCUUUGAUCGACGACGACUACGCAUCGGGCAGAGCUGAUGGAGAGCAAAGUGGAGUCGCUGAGUGCAGCAUACGACGCGUUCGUCUUGGCGGCGGAGGCCGUAAUGGAGGCCAAGGAGCAAUCCGACGGACGGACGGCGCCCGCCACCGGCGUCGCCCUCGAGGCCUUCAAGCAGCGGUGGGAGAUGUUCCGCGUCGCCUGCGACGAGGCCGAGGCGUUCAUCGAGUCCAUGAAGCAACGCAUCGGCUCCGAGUGCCUCGUCGACGAGGCUACCGGCGCCGCCUGCUUGCAGCCCGGGCACCCUGACGCAGCCCCCGGGAUCCCGCCUAUCAGCGCCGUCCGGCUCGAGCAGAUGAGCAAGGCCGUGCGGUGGCUCGUCAUCGAACUCCAGCACGGCUCGGGAGCCGCUUCCGCCACCGCUUCCGCUUCUGCUGCGGCCCAUUCUCACGCCUCCGCCCCCUUCGAUGCCAGGUCCCCCGAGGACGCCGGCCAAUAGAGUAUGGUGGUGUUUUCUGGAGUAACAAACACCAUAUGGUCCUCAUGAACAUGCUCUUGGUAUUGUGCAUAUUGUGUUUGUAGUUAAUUGUAGUAAAGAUCGAGCCACUCCAAUCACAAGCAACAUUGAUCCAGUGCUGGUUGAAUCCCAAUGCAAAGUGGGUCGAAAUAUUCUUAUGGGUUUGGUGCCUAUGUACUUGCUUUUGUUGCUGUCACACAGUAUUUUCCCAAUGUGCAGACAUUACUCCUGUUCAUCAUUGUCGAGACAUAUGUGAUAGAUAGUGUGGCCAUCUAUUUUCCUGUUGUCAGUUUUAGACCAACAAUGAAAGUUCAAAGUUGAUAGUGGAAAAUGAUAACUUCAUCA